UGUGCCACUUUCAGGUCUCCUCACACACUGCUGGUGUGUUCAAUUUUUUGUCAUAGGGUGCUGGCAGAUUACGGGCCUCCUAUAGCUGCUGCCAGGCCCCUAAUCUGCCAUGGGCCCCCUAUACCGCCUCCUCAUGCUGCUGCCAGGUCCAGAGUCUCUCAUGGGUCCCUGUACGGCCUCCCAUUGCUGCUGUCUCCAUCGCCACACUCUGCCAUGUGCCACUUUCAGGUCUCCUCACACUCCUGCUGGUUUCCAUUUUGUCAUAGGUUGCUGUAUGGCCUCCCAUUGCUGCUGCCUCCACCGCCACACUGUGGCUCCAAACACUGGUUUUGGCCCCGUGACUGGCCAAAUGAGUGAAGUGUGCGGUGAUUCUAAGAUCGACGGCACUCAUCUGCAUGUCAUACUG